AUUCGAUGACUUUUGAUGCCUAAUGAUUCACAUUUACACAUUUUCGAACAAAAUUUACGAUAUUUGUCAGAAUAGAAUCGUUUGCACAUUAUCCGAAUCAGACCUGUCUUUUAGUUUUCUGAAUCUUUCUUGCACUCUCCGUUGAAUCUCCCUUUUUCUUCUUUCUCAUUGCUGUUUUCUCGAAGUUUCAGCUUUCAACUUCAACGGUUUUCGAAAACCAAUUCCCUCACAGACCAUUAAUAUUCUCUGGCUUUCCAACUAACUUGUAUGAUAUUUUAAUCUUCCCCCGCCAACCCAGAAACCUUUUAAGAAAGCUUUGAUUUACAGAAGACAAGGGGCCGUUGUCUCCUCGAGAGGAUAAGGGUGUAAUCUGAUUUGUAAGGUUUUCGGCUGAGAACUAUUACUUUUCCUACCUGUUUUGGGCCUCUCAUUGCAACGACUGCGCCCUGAGAACUAGCGGGUCAAUGGCUGUUCUCAGAUUGUAGCGUCAUUUCUUGAUUUGGGGAUUGAAAUAUUGGAGGCAGAAGAUGUCUUUACGGCAUCAUAAUAAUGUUGAGCUCAAUGGUGUCUCAGCUGUAGGGUCAGGAUGUUGCCUUUAUGAUCUUUUGUGCGCUGAAACUCCAAAUUUGCAAUCCCAAAAGAAUCAGCGGCCACCUUCUUCUGGUCCUCUAGAAAGGUUGGAGAAGUUGAUGCAUGAAGCAGGGAACAAGUAUUGUGCUGAUUGUGGAUCUCCUGAGCCAAAAUGGGUAUCUUCAAAUAUUGGAGCAUUUAUUUGCAUAAAAUGUUCUGGCAUACAUAGAAGCCUAGGAGUUCAUAUAUCAAAGGUUCUAUCAUUGAAGCUAGAUCAAUGGACAGAUGAUGAAGUUUCUGAACUGGCAAAGUUAGGAGGAAAUGCAUCAGUAAAUGAAAAGUACGAAGCUUGCAUCCCUAGUUAUAUGAAAAAGCCAAAGCCAAGUUCCUCCAUUGAGGAGCGUACUGACUUUAUCAGGAGGAAAUACGAGUUGCUACAAUUUAUGGGGUGUGAAGAACAGUUGUCCUGCCCCUUUAUACCACAACAGAGCACUUCCUCAUGCAUAGACAAGAAAAAUUAUAAUAAACAAGGAAACAAAAAUCGUAUUGGGAGUGCAUUUCGUAACAGCUGGGGAAGAAAAGAACCUGAUAAUAUUAAGGCUUCAAAGAAGAGCAACUCAUUGGCAGGUAUGGUGGAAUUUGUUGGGUUGAUAAAGGUUAACGUGGUCAAAGGCACUAACCUGGCUGUCCGGGAUGUAAUGACUAGUGAUCCUUAUGUCAUCCUUUCUUUGGGUCACCAAUCAGUAAAGACACGAGUUAUAAAGAACAAUUUGAAUCCUGUCUGGAAUGAGAGCCUAAUGUUAUCAAUUCCGCACAACAUUCCUCCACUUAAAGUGCAUGUGUAUGACAAAGAUACAUUCUCAACUGAUGAUUUCAUGGGAGAGGCUGAAAUAGACAUCCAACCCCUACUUGCAGCUGCAAAAGCCUAUGAGAAAUCUGCAGUCAACGAGUCCAUGGAGUUUGAAAAAUGGGUGGCAAGUUCAGAUGGCGCUCUCGUUAAAGAUGGUGCCAUCUCCCUCGAAGAUGGGAAGAUCAGACAGGAAAUAUCUGUAAAGCUGAUGAAUGUGGAGAGAGGGGAGCUGGAAGUUGAGCUUGAAUGUCUUCCUCUCACUCAAUAGCUGGACUGAACUCUCAUUUUGGAGCCAUGUACCAUAGGAGAUAGUGUUUUUCUUUUUUUGUACGUUAUUGUUUAGACAUUACUUGAAGGAACAAUUAAGUGAACUGUUAAUAGAUCUUGUUUGGGAUGGUUCUAAAGUUUCCUCCUUCUUGCCUUUUC